GGGGGGGGGGGGGAGAGCAUGGGUUUCAGAAAGAAAUAUGGAGGGGCGGUUGGGGUUACUUGGGUGGUUAGGAUGUUUGGGAAUGUGGAGGUGGGAGGGUUGUGGGAGUUGGGUGUUUGAACAUGGGGUGGGAAUAUGGGGGUGCAUGUUAUGGGGUGGCUGUUAUGGGGUGGUGGGACGGUUGGAGACGGUUUUUGGGGAGUAGGUUUGUGGGGGUAUGUGUUAGUUGUGGGUGGUUGGUGGGGUCAGUAGCUCUUGGUGGAGCAUGGAAGGGACUAAAUUUUUGGCCAACUGUCUCAGUUUUGUGUUUCUUCAUGCUUUGCAUUCAAACACUAUCUCGCGAGCAAAAUUAUGCAUCCUUCAUGCCAUUAUGGAAGAGAUGUGAUAAAAAUAUGCAUCCUUCAUCGGGUUCUUCAAGAAAUGUGAUAAAAUUAGAAAAGCCAAAUGAUUUGUUCGUUCCUUCCCGCCUCUCAUCUUCGCCCUCUGAGCCUUCAAGGAUCAGAUUUGGUCUUUGCACUGCCAUCUGUUGCCAUGUCAAGUUACUGCCCUAUCCAUUAUUGGAUCACCUCACUUGGGAUAGUUAUGAUCUGUCAUCCCAUGCGCAAGCCCAAGGCUUAGCUUAGCCACCAUUCCUUGAGACUCCCCUGAAUCGCACCCUUUCACAGGCUCUUCUGCGUUUUCUGGAUUCCUUUCCAGUAACAGCUGCACGCACAUCAAAUUUCAGAUUUGGUCUUUGCACUGCCAACUGUAGCCAUGUCAAGUUACUG